AUGGCCGACUCCGUCCAUCUGCCGGGAUACGGCCGUGCGCCCUCAGCCCCGUCGAUUGGGUCUUUCUCGCGACAUCUCGACACCGAAUGCACCCUUGACAAGCGCAAACGGUCUCCUGGAUCCGAAAUGGGCUGGGCCAGCUACGUAUUAGCGCUGCCGCGCCACGCUUCCGCCCAAGGCACCAGGCACCACCACAUGCAGCCCGACUACCUCCUCGACGAGAAGGGAAGGGAAGUGGAGGGCAUCGUCGAGACGCUGUCACGAGCUGCUCGUCAUCAAACUUGA